UGGAGUGUUUUUUUAAUAAAAGUCUUAGUUACAACAGAGUCCAAACUUUAAGAAGUCCAAUGGACUUUCUAGUAUUUUUACCUAGUUUGGCGAAUUGGGGAAUAAUUUAGUGGGAACUUAGUUUUUGAAACCCAAUGGACUUUCUUGUAUUUUCACCUUUUUUGUAAUUUUUACAACUUAGUCCAAACUCUUUGAAGUCAUUCCAAUGGACUUUCUUGUAUUUUCACCUUUUUUGUAAUUUUUAGAACUUAGUCCAAACUCAUUGAAGUCAUUGAUGGUUGGCCUUUUUUAUAACAAUUUCUAGAUUUUAGUGGCCCCUCGUCCAAACUCUAUGAAGCCCGAUGGACUUCGCCAUCGCCGGCGCCUCUGCAAUGGCGGCUUGCUGCUUCACCAACCCCCUGGAAGUCCUCAAGACCCGCUUGCAACUCCAAGGCGAACUCCGAGCCAAAAACCAACACACAAUCCACUACAAAAACGUCGCUCAUGCGGCUUACGUCGUGGCCAAAAACGACGGCCUUUUAGCCCUCCAAAAGGGCCUCAUCCCGGCCCUUUGGGUCCAACUAAUCAUGAACGGAAUGCGAUUGGGCACCUUUCAAUUCGGCGAAAAUCACGGUUAUGUCACCGACAUUGAGGGAAAUUUAAUAUUUUACAAAAGUGUGAUUGUGGGGGGGACGGGAGGGGUCGUGGGGCAAUACUUAGCAAGCCCCUUUUUCCUAGUCAAGACGCAUUUGCAAUCGCAGGCGGCUAAGGCCAUUGCUGUGGGACACCAACACGAACAUGAGGGGACUUGGAGUGCGUUCAAAAAAAUUUUUCGAAAAAAUGGAAUUAAGGGGCUAUUUCGGGGGGCUGGGGCUUCCAUUCCUCGAGCUUUCGUCGGGUCAACCUCCCAAUUGACUUCAUUCAAAUACAGUAAAGAGUUUUUGAAUCAAUACGAAUAUUUUUCGGAUAAGCCCCUUUUGACCUCUUUUUGCGGCAGUAUGGUAGGCGGCGUGGCAAUUAGUGUCAUGAUGACCCCCUUUGACCUAAUAAUGACCAGGCUGUAUAACCAACCUGUUGACCCUCACGGAAGAGGACUUUUGUAUACAAAUUACUUGGACUGUGUGGUCAAAAUCUUCAAAACUGAAGGAAUUUCAGCAUUUUACAAGGGAGUAGGACCGAUGUAUCUAAGAUUGGGACCCCAUACUGUCCUUUGUUUAGUAUUUUGGGACGAAUUAAAACGAUUAUAUGACCGGUUUUGGCCACAAUAAAUUUUUAUUGAAAAAA